CCACUUUUACUUAAGAACUGCUUGCCCAAAUCGUAUAUAAUCAGUUAAUUGACGGCGUUGGAGCGUAUAACUCGGUUGCUACCAGACCAGGCCUACUAGAGCUCCAGCCCCCAAUAGCGAUUACACAAUUUCACAUUCUCACGAAAGUGCAACCAACGAGAGAGAGAUAGAGAGAAAUACAGUGAGAGAGAGAGAGAGAACAAGAGUUGAACACAGAAAGCAAAAGGGAGUGAGUGCAUUGUCACGAGAGAGUGAUCAAAAUUGAUAGAGAGAGAGAGAGCUAGAGAGCCAUCAGUAAAGAGAGAACGAUAUCAUGAUGCUGCAUCGCAUCCAUCAAUUGCUUCUGUACGCGCUGUGUCUACUCUUCGUGGUCGUGUUGUGUGCUCCAGCACCAAGUGAAUCGCGCCGUGUGAUCUUCUUCGCGCCACCCGGCAUCGCCCGGGGCCAGAUACUGGCCACGCACGGCCUGGAGAAGCCCUGCCAGAAGUGCCACAUGAGAGACCAUCGGGGCAACUGUCGGCGUCUAAUAUCGUACAGUUCAGAUGGCUCGCACUGUUGACAUCGCGACCGGAUAUCGUCGAGCGCUAUCAACUGAAUCUCCAACUCUCUCAGAAACUAAACAUAAACGUCAUCAAAAUCUAUUUAUUCGCGUUCAGUGCACUAUUUAUUACAUUACUUUCACACCCUACGUUUACCUACCCCAAAGACAGUUUUAUGGAUGUCU